AUGAGUUUCUUGGAGCAAGGCUCUCAUGAAGGGCCCCCAACAAGCUGGCGGCGACCAGCUGUCGUGCUUAAGGGCAGGGCAGAGUCUCCAGCGCGCCUAAGCUCGGAGGCGUCGGAGGCAGCAACUGUCGCCACUGCAGCUACAGCGAGCACGGGGAACACAGCAGCAGCAGCAGCAGCAGCGGUAGCCAUGGCCAAGCAGCGUCAGCACCUUCAGCAAGAAAAAGAGUUCUUGCAGAAGAAGCAGAUGCAGCUUCGGGAGCAACACGAGCAGCUGGAGAGGGACAGGAUGUUCCAGAGUCAGCAAAAGGCCUUCCUCGAGAAGGAAUUGGAAAUUUCAGACAUCUCAGAUCCCCUAGGCCUCCCCGCAGAAGGAGGUCUCCAGAAGCCUCAACGCUCCAAAAGACAAGAAGCGAACAACUUUGCUGGGUUGCCCGUCUCCAAUUACAUUGAGCCGAGUUCCCCAACGCCAAACGGUCCUGCUCACCACCAACCAGUGAGACUCCCACGUACUUCCACAGGAAACGCAAACGUCUGUGCAGAACAGGGGCACCAGUGUGAGCAAGUCAAGCAUCAAAGCGACGACGAGUUGGUGGAAAAGCGCACUGGCAGCAAGUCGCUAAAGCAGCUGUUGGGGCCGCUUCUGUAUGCGGCGUACAAGCGGCUGCAAAACAAGAACAUCAUGGAGUCCUCUAGUAUUCCUCCCGAAGUGCAUUGCCUGUCACUCCAGGAGGACCGCGUGAAAUCUGACGUAGUGCUUGUGAGCGUUUCGGCUCGGGAGUCGUGUUCAGUGCGGCAAUCACCAGAUUCAGAUGCAACCGCCGGAGCUACAGCAGCCCCCAUCCAGAGGGCUCCUACUGCGGAGCAGCAGUUUCACCCCGGCACAGUUAGCCGCGGCAGCAACACAGGCAGUGGAAGGCCUGAGUCUUUUCCAUCGGCUUCGCUAUGUUCUACGGAGAAAACAAACUCCCUAGAAAGCAGCGAUUCUGCCGCGUUAGUGUACAAUCAAUGCGGUACCGAAGAGAAGGAAGCCCCUAGCCAUAGUCCCCAAGCCCCCUGUCGUCCACUAGGCUGCGGCACGGUCGGCUUUUCUCAGACUGCCCUGCCUGUAGAGUCUUUUGAAGGCCGUGAUUCAGAUGAGCGGAGCCUCUCCGAGGGUAUACCCACCGACGCAGGAGCACGCAAAACGUCGGAACAGGUCCCAUGUAGGGAUAGCUCAUUUGAUUGGACAGAGAGCUUGAAUGUUGGCGAUCCAAAGGAGAUAAAAGCAGUGCUCCUCCCUUCCCUGGGUAGACGUUCAACCGUGCUGGACUGGGGACAGUCAACGGAUCACCAGGGAACAGCGGAAGACGGGGUUUCUGCAGGAUGGCUUGACCCCCAUGACAGCCAGCAUGGCCUCGUGUCAAAUAUCUACGAACUGCAGGCUCUUCUGGCAACUGCAGAGCAGCAACUCCUCAAACAGCAGCAUCGGCCCUCUGUGACCGCCUCAGACAGAGAGGUUCCCCCCUUGAGGUUGACGAAGCAUGAGAUGGAGGCUGACACCUCUGAGCAAAUGCAGCGCAGGCUCCGAAUGCUAGAAAACGAAAGAGAGUACCUGAAGGAGGCCCUCAAGAGGAAGCACUUCACUGAGAUGGAGCUGAGGACGAGGCUCUCCUCUGUGUCUGCCCUAAAUGAACAGCUGCAAGCAGAGGCUGCCACUUUGAUGUCAUUCCAUCGACUCGCUGAAGCACAUGGACAGGCGGCAGCGGAGAAGCUGCUGCUGCAACAGCUCCGAGCCCAGGCGGAGGGGCAGACCAGCCGGGUCAAAGAACUGCAGCGCUUGCUCAGUAGCAGGGAGGUCCAGGUGUCCGCCCUCACAGUACGUAUUCAGCUACCAAGAAUCACAGGAGCCAGAAAUAACGUAAUUCGUGAUACUAGGGCGAGUCACGAAUGCCAGCUUGAUCUGUCCGUUUUGUGGUUUCGCUCGGUUGCCUUCCCCUCAGACAGCAGAGGGGCAAGCGCGCAGCCAGCCGUUGUGGUUUUCUUGUGGGGCUUUAGAGACAAGGACCGCAAGCCACUGGCACCCGAGGCCUUUGGGAUCGUCCAGGAGAGUACAGAAGCUUUGAACUCUCCAAGCGAGGCCUACAGUUCCCGGCAGACCUCCGCACAAGCGCGCCUGCAACGCAGCGGCCUUCUUUCAGACAGCCUGCAAAGCUUUAGAGCGGUACCUGGCACCGCUAAUUCUGUUAUGAGGUUCACUGUAUGCCCCUCGCAGGGCUAUGAGCCGCAGGGUGAUGACUCUGUGGACACCGCAGUUGCUGCUCUCAGCAAUGCCAGAGUUAACAAGGUCUUGUUCACGCGGCUGUGCAAGGGCGUCUACCUGUACGGCCACUUGGCGGUAUUAAUGAGACUCAGUCCAUCAGGGGAGCUUCAGGUCUCGUUUGAGGGGAAGGAUUACACGGCUGCGGAAUUUAUACGCAGUUUCGAGGAAGAGGAGUUCCAGUAUCUGACGACCAAGCAAGAGGAAUCAGGGCGCGCCUUAUCCCUUGAGGUCUGCCCAAACAGUGCCUUGCCCGUCGGUUUUUCCAGAGACCACAGUCAAGGCCUUGUCCACAAGCAGCAUAAGCAGCGCCUCACCAAACAGGCCCCGCAAAGCCCUAUUAAGUCGGAAGGGAGACGCUCUUUUUCAGAAGGGAGAAAGAAUACUUCUAGAAGAGGCAGCACAGCACCAGCAACAAGGACUCCUAAAGGCUCUAUGGGACGCACUGGCAGCCGGAGUGGAAUUCAGGAGGCUGCCACAUGCAGGCUGGUGUCACUCCGCAUCGCACCCCGCUCCCCCUCCUUGUCUACCCCCAAUGCUGCGGCACAGUAUUCUUCAGAGUCCCUCUCAGGCCACGACCGACGGGCUUCGCGCCUCGCUCUCCCCGUCCCGUCGGAUCCACGAAAGGUGGGGCGUGUCUCACAAACUAAAGCCACUGUUUUCAAGGCUGCUGAAGGCGCAACGCCAGUUGCAGCUGCGUCAGCAAAGUCAUGCAGUCUAAAGGCAACCGGUACUUCUCUUGCGAACAAAACUGCGUCUCCCUCGGGGUCGCUCCGAGGAACGGCGCAGAGGCACAGGCUCCGGAGCUCCUGCGGCUCAGCCCAGCAAACUGCCCACCCUCGGAAAGAAAGUGCUGCAAUCCGUCAGGUCGCCGGUAGCGGGAAAGCAGCAAGCCGGAGGGGUGGUGUGGCUGGAGGCCUGGAUUGCCGGUGUGGUAACAUAGUACCGUCUAUUCAGUCGAUGGCAUCAGUAGCUGUUACUCGUUAG